AUGAACGAACGAGAUUCCCAGCAGAGCAGCAACGAUGGCCCUGGCCCUGUCGCCCCCGAACCCACCAUAGCCGCGUUCUGUCCCAACCAGCAGACUGCUACGAAAAGUCGGAGCAGGGCCACUGUUCUCAUACAUCAGAAAUCCGCCCUGUUGGCUGCUACUCCACCACAGGUCACAAGAGCUUUGGCAUAUUCGCAUCCGUUCAUCGUACCGCUGAACUAUCUUGCUGGCCUGCUAUCAUGGACGACAGGCGAUCCCUGGGAGAGCUUUCUGCUCGUGGCAGGGUUCUGGUUUAUGAUACUGUAUGGGGAUAUCGUAUUGCGGUACGCUGGGCCUCUGGUGGUAGUAGCAGCGUUGAUCGGAGGGAUGUACUCGAGAAGAUAUAGCCCUCUCAGCAGUACGGCUUGGAGCGGAGAGAAGAAGAGGAGUCGAGCGGAUAGUGACUCACAGCAGAGAAAGAGCCUGGAUGAGAUUCUGGAUACCUUGCAGAUUUUCACAAACCGCUGUGAUGUCCUGCUGGACCCGCUUUUGAGGCUGACGGAGUUCUUGUCGACGCAGACGACGGCUACUUCGGCGACGACGAGACCGGCUCUGACGAGUAUGUUCUUGCGAUUGUUGGCUGUAAUGCCCUUCUGGACUGUGUUGGCUCUGCCACCCUUGAGAAUCAUCACGACGCAGAGGAUACUGUUAGUAUUGGGAACUAUUGGCAUGACGUGGCAUAGCCGUCCUGCGAGGGCUACACGGUCGGUCCUUUGGCGAAGCAAAGUGCUGAGGAGCUCAGCGAGCAUGAUCACCGGCUUGCAUUUCCCCGGACCUGCGACGAGUAACAGGAGCGGCCCUCCGCCACUGCCACCAAGGGCUCCAGCGGCGCUGGUCAGAGCACUUAAAGACAAGAGCAACAAGACAGGUGUUCGCUUCACGUUCGCCACCUACGAGAAUCAGCGCAGAUGGGUCCUGCUGGGCUUUACACCCAAUCUGUUGCCGAAUGAGCGGCAGGCUUGGACAGAUGAGCACAACAACGCAGUCCCAGAGAAAGAGAACUUUCCACUGCCAGAAACAGAUUCUGACACAACAAAGUGGAGAUGGGUGCCUGGUAGCGAGUGGAGGAUUGACCCUCGAUGGACCGAUGACGCCGACUCAAAGAUUCCGCGCGAUAAGGAUGGUUGGACGUAUUACGACAACAAAUGGCAUUUUGGUAGCAGAAUUGAUGACUGGGGAAAAUGGACACGACGAAGAAGAUGGAUACGUGACGCCGAGCUUGUCGAAAUCACUCCCGAAGAACUUGCUGCUGCUGCAGAUGCUGCGGCUGCUGAAGCCGCCGCAACAGAAACCGACACACAGUCAAUAGCCAACACAGACUCCGAAAGUGUCACUACAGCGAUGAAGAAGAAGGGAUGGUUCGGCAAGCGUCGGUUAACGAAUGACAAGAAAGCAGAGACCGCAUCGAUAAGUGGCAGCAGUGAAACUGGAAAGACGUCUCGGUCGAGGGAUGGACCGGAAGAUGACGUGCAUACGCCGUUGAGGUAUCGGGAAACUGCGUGGGAUCGGAGUAUUGGGGAUGGGCUUGCUGAGGGUCUAAGUUAG